UGGACGAAACAUUCAGCGAAAGCUAGUACCCACUCGGCUUCCUGACCCGAGCACGAUUUGAAGAGGAAGUUGUCUCCAAGCGCACCGACGUGCACGGAGAGGUGGGGGAAAUAUUUUUUUUUUGCACAGCUGCACCGAAUUUGCACGACUGGGCGGCUGAAGUUUUUGUGUGAUCCAGGCCGUCUCAGUUGUAAGUUUUAUCAGGAGCAGCAGCACACCACGCCGUACCACACGGGGAGGAGAGGAGAGGGGCAGAAGUUUCCGCUGGCUUGUUUUGUCGCUGCGCGGCUGGUAAAUCCGCAGGAAUGUCGCAGAAGGAGAGACCCGUUUUCUACCGACAGGAGCUCAACAAAACCGUGUGGGAGGUCCCGGAGCGGUACCAGAGCUUAUCUCCCGUCGGGUCCGGUGCUUACGGAUCUGUAUGUUCAUCCUAUGAUGUGAAGACAGGUCUGAAGAUAGCAGUGAAGAAGUUGUCCAGACCUUUCCAGUCCAUCAUCCACGCAAAGAGAACCUACAGAGAGCUGCGGCUGCUCAAACACAUGAAGCACGAGAAUGUCAUUGGUUUAUUAGACGUUUUCACACCAGCGAGAAGCUUAGAGGAGUUCAACGAUGUGUACUUGGUGACCCACCUAAUGGGUGCAGAUCUCAACAACAUUGUUAAGUGUCAGAAGCUGACUGAUGACCACGUUCAGUUCCUUAUCUACCAGAUUCUCAGAGGAUUAAAGUACAUCCAUUCUGCAGAUAUCAUCCACAGAGACUUAAAGCCCAGUAAUCUAGCUGUGAAUGAAGACUGCGAGCUCAAGAUCCUGGACUUUGGUUUGGCACGGCACACAGAUGAUGAAAUGACGGGCUACGUAGCCACCCGAUGGUACCGAGCCCCAGAGAUCAUGCUUAACUGGAUGCACUACAACAUGACGGUGGAUAUCUGGUCGGUGGGCUGCAUCAUGGCUGAACUACUUACUGGACAGACGCUCUUCCCUGGCACAGACCACAUUGAUCAGUUGAAGCUUAUAAUGAUGCUCGUCGGAACCCCAGGGCCCGAGCUCUUGAUGAAAAUCUCUUCGGAGAAUGCGAGGAACUACAUUAACUCACUUCCCCACAUGCCCAAGAGGAACUUUGCUGAUGUGUUUAUUGGUGCCAACCCUCUUGCGGUGGACUUGCUGGAGAAAAUGCUGGUGCUGGACACAGACAAACGGAUCACGGCAUCUGAGGCUCUGGCCCACCCAUACUUUGCCCAGUACCAUGAUCCAGACGACGAGCCCGAAGCGGAGCCUUACGACCAGAGUUUUGAAAGCCGUGAGCUGGAAAUUGAGGAAUGGAAGAGGUUAACCUAUGAGGAGGUAAUCAGCUUUGAGCCGCCGUCGUUCGAUGGAGACGAGAUGGAAUCAUGAGGCGGAGGAGGCACUUCUUCCAUCUUUUGUUUUCCAAGAAACACUCUUUAAGGACUAUCAGUGUCAUCAUGACUAUCCACCACUUUCUUCACACACAAACACACGUGCAACACAACCAUGACAUUCAAGUGCCUGCGGUCAUUCAUCUCCAGGGGACGUUGCGAAAUCAGGGAUAAACCUCGGCAUCCUGUUCCUUCCGUCCCUCACGUUGCUGUUUUUGUGACUCUGCAUCCCAAUGUGCCGAGGCAGACUUUCAUUCUCCUUAUGUUUUAGUGAGUUUUUACCUCGAGAAUUUAUAGUUUAUGUUGAUCCCCCCUUUGAUUCAGAAGACUAUCAGUAUCUUAAAAGCCAAUUGGAAAAAGUGAACUGCUAAUGCAUAUUUUAUAAAAUUGUACUACUUAGCAGUAAUUAAUGUAUUAUGAAAAAAGUUGGAUUGACAGGUUCAAACUGCUGUCGAAAAGUCUCUUUCCUCCACACAUUAAGAUGAAAUGUUAUUUCUGUUAAUACAUAAAACAAACAGUAUUUGUACAAGUACUUGAGUCAAACCAGUUACCGCAUUUGUGUAAUAAUCAUAUUUGCUGAGUCAGUAUGAAUUUUAUUACUAGAGUUUAGCCUAAAGUGGCAUAUAAAGAGAUACAGUAAUUUAAUACAAGUAUGUAUAGGAUUUAUUGGAUUUGAAGGCUUACAGUGUCCCUUUUUUUUUUUUUAACUUGAAUAUGAGUCUGAGGAGUAUGGAGACUUGGCUUAUGUAUUCAUUUCACCUACUUAACAUUCGUUAGGUUUCCACAACUUUCCUCCAUAUGAAUUCCUCUUUUAGCACUUCUGUUGUUUCAGAAGAAUGUGUAAGUCAACAUUAUCACAACCUACAGUACCACUUUCGCAUGAAAAAGCCAUUUGGCUUAUUAGUUUAUUGAAAUGUGAUAUUUCCCAGCACAACACCAACUGACAAUGUACUUUAAUCAUAUUGCAUUUAUAAAACACAGUACUAUUAAUGUUUAUUGAAUGUUAGGGGCAGUCUGCCCCAUAUUUAUGAUCUUUUGUUAUGUUGUUUGUAUAUCGAUGUAAAAGAGAAUAUUAUUUGAAUUUAGGGUUCUUUUUAUUAUUUAUGGAGAACUUACUGUAUCAGAAACCAAAUGUAUCAUCAAUAAUCUUAAACGUCAGUAAAGCCACAGUGACUGCAGUUGCAGCUUGUGUAACAGAGCCAACAAUGUUAUUAAGAUGUAGCGGGCAACCAGAUAGGUUUAAAUCAGUUUGUUUCAGUUUUUUUUUCCCUUUGCUUUUUUUUUGAGUUUAAAGUAGUUCUUGAACAUUUAUUUAUCUUUGUUGUGUUCCCUGAGGUACUGCCCUCCAAAAGUAUCCUAUUUUCAAAAACUUUCAAUAGACAACAUAUGCAGAAAUCAAAGCAAAAUAUGGAUUACAAGUACAUUAACAUUUUGUAUUGACAUACAAACCACUAAACAGUAGACUCCUAGGUCUGGCGUGUACUACAAACAUUUAUUGACUAAAUGUUAUUUUUUUCUUCUAUGUGAACCAUUUUAGAAGUCGGAUUACAUUUGACAAACCAGCUCUGUCCACAUUUGCUCUAGCUAAUGUCAACCAAACAAUAUCAGUGUUUUCACUAUUUCAUUUGCGACUGCUUGUUUUCAUGUAGUGCUUUUUGUAAUGUAUUAUUUUGUUCUUUGUGAGUUAAAUCAAGAUUUGAUGCUAUUAUGUGAUUCUGUAAUUGAUAGUUUUUUUGAGUAAUGCUAGAACUGUAUUUGUCAUUCAUUUGAAUAACUUAGCAGGGCACAUAUUUGUGGGAAAGAGUGUACAUUUACUCACUGGAUGCUGAAGGGCAAUGCUGAAGCCUCAUUCUUUGUAGUUCUAAAGCAACUGCAUACAUUUGAUUAUUUAUCUUGUCCACAUCCCGGUGUCAAUAGUUAAUUUGGUUAUUGGUUAUACUUUCUCUGAGAUGUGUUCAUAUCUUUUUACUAUUUUCUUUACCACAUGUACCAAGACAGCACGCCACGCCACCUGUAAAUACCACCACUCGAAAAUAAAGAACUAUUUUUCAAAGCUG